UCCGUUCCGCAGGCACAUCUCGCGAGGCUGCAGGCAGGGCAGGGCCCGACAUGGCGGAAGAGGAGGUGGCCAAGUUGGAGAAGCAUUUGAUGCUUCUUCGACAAGAGUAUGUCAAGCUGCAGAAGAAACUGGCAGAGACGGAGAAAAGAUGCACGCUUUUGGCUGCACAGGCAAACAAGGAGAGCAGCAGUGAGUCCUUCAUCAGCCGUUUGCUGGCAAUAGUGGCAGGUCUCUAUGAGCAGGAGCAGUACAGUGAUUUGAAGAUCAAGGUUGGGGGCAGGCACAUCAGUGCUCACAAGUUUGUCCUGGCAGCUCGCAGUGAUAGCUGGAGUCUGGCCAACUUGUCUUCCACAGAAGAGCUAGACUUGUCAGAUGCGAAUCCUGAGGUGACAAUGACCAUGCUUCGCUGGAUCUAUACCGAUGAGUUAGAGUUCAGAGAGGAUGAUGUGUUCCUGACUGAGUUGAUGAAACUGGCUAAUCGCUUUCAACUCCAGCUCCUUAGGGAGAGAUGUGAGAAGGGUGUUAUGUCUCUGGUGAAUGUUAGGAACUGUAUUCGCUUCUAUCAAACUGCCGAGGAAUUAAAUGCCAGCACACUGAUGAACUACUGUGCAGAAAUUAUUGCAAGUCACUGGGAUGACUUGCGGAAGGAGGACUUCAGUAGCCUGAGUGCUCAGUUGUUAUACAAAAUGAUCAAAUCCAAGACGGACUACCCACUCCAUAAAGCUAUCAAAGUGGAGAGAGAAGAUGUAGUCUUCCUCUAUCUUAUUGAAAUGGAUUCCCAGCUCCCUGGGAAGCUGAACGAAAUGGAUCAUAAUGGAGAUCUUGCAUUAGAUCUGGCUCUUUCACGGCGACUAGAGAGUAUUGCUACCACUCUGGUUAAUCAUAAAGCUGAUGUGGACAUGGUAGACAAGAGUGGCUGGAGCUUGUUACAUAAAGGAAUCCAAAGAGGAGAUCUCUUUGCUUCUACAUUCCUCAUUAAGAACGGGGCCCUUGUCAAUGCUGCCACAUUGGGGGUCCAAGAGACCCCAUUACACCUUGUAGCAUUGUAUAGUUCAAAGAAAUACUCAGCAGAUGUGAUGUCUGAGAUGGCGCAGAUUGCAGAGGCCCUCCUACAGGCUGGUGCCAACCCCAACAUGCAGGACAGCAAGGGCAGGACUCCUUUACACUUGUCCAUCAUGGCCAGGAAUGAAUAUGUGUUCAAUCAGCUGCUGCAGUGUAAACAGUUAGACUUAGAGCUGAAGGAUCACGAGGGCAGUACUGCACUCUGGCUUGCUGUCCAGUACAUCACCAUGUCUUCUGACCAGUCUGUCAACCCCUUUGAAGACCAUCCUGUGCUGAACGGAACGUCCUUUGAUGAGAACAGCUUUGCAGCCAGGCUCAUCCAACGCGGCAGCAACACCGAUGCUCCGGAUGCAGUGACGGGAAAUUGUUUACUACAGCGGGCAGCCGGGGCAGGAAAUGAGGCUGCAGCUCUUUUCCUGGCAACCAGUGGUGCCCAUGCCAACCACAGGAACAAAUGGGGAGAAACUCCUUUGCAUACAGCUUGUCGGCAUGGCCUGGCCAACCUCACAGCAGAGCUCCUGCAGCAAGGUGCCAAUCCAAACCUGCAGACAGAGGAGGCGCUGCCUGUGUCUAAAGAGACUCCGGUCCUAAUGGGUUCUGCAGAUGGCAUCUACCUGCAGACACCGUUGCACAUGGCAAUUGCCUAUAACCAUCCAGAUGUGGUGUCUGUCAUCCUGGAGCAGAAAGCCAAUGCUCUUCAUGCCACCAACAACUUACAAAUUAUUCCGGACUUCAGCCUCAAGGAUUCCAGAGACCAAACUGUGCUAGGCCUAGCGUUAUGGACUGGCAUGCACACAAUCGCUGCCCAGCUUCUGGGCUCUGGAGCGUCUAUCAAUGACACCAUGUCAGAUGGGCAGACUUUGCUGCACAUGGCCAUACGGAGGCAGGACAGUAAGAGUGCACUCUUCCUCUUGGAGCACCAAGCCGAUAUAAACGUCAGGACUCAGGAUGGGGAGACUGCCCUUCAGCUGGCUAUCAAAAAUCAGCUUCCACUAGUAGUUGAUGCCAUAUGUACUCGAGGAGCUGACAUGUCUGUGCCAGAUGAAAAAGGAAACCCACCACUGUGGCUUGCCUUGGCAAGUAAUCUGGAAGACAUCGCUUCCACUCUGGUCAGACAUGGUUGUGAUGCCACGUGCUGGGGCCCAGGACCCAGUGGGUGUCUUCAGACACUUCUGCACAGAGCCAUUGAUGAAAAUAAUGAGUCCACUGCCUGCUUUCUUAUUCGAAGUGGCUGUGAUGUGAAUAGUCCCAGACAACCAGGUACUGAUGGAGAAGGAGAAGAGGAGGCAAGAGAUGGGCAGACCCCCCUGCAUUUGGCAGCCUCAUGGGGGCUGGAAGAGACAGUUCAGUGUCUUUUGGAAUUCGGUGCCAAUGUCAAUGCACAGGAUGCAGAAGGAAGAACACCUAUCCAUGUGGCCAUCAGCAACCAGCAUAGCGUCAUCAUUCAGCUGUUGAUUUCUCACCCUAACAUUGAGUUGAGUGUACGAGACAGACAAGGGCUGACCCCUUUCGCCUGCGCCAUGACUUACAAGAACAAUAAGGCAGCUGAGGCCAUUCUAAAGCGAGAGUCUGGGGCUGCUGAGCAGGUAGAUAAUAAAGGUCGGAAUUUUCUUCACGUGGCAGUUCAGAACUCUGACAUCGAAAGUGUCUUGUUCCUGAUCAGUGUCCAGGCCAAUGUGAACUCCAGAGUCCAGGAUGCUUCCAAGUUGACCCCACUGCACCUUGCUGUUCAAGCAGGCUCAGAGAUCAUUGUCCGAAAUCUGCUUCUUGCAGGAGCCAAGGUGAAUGAAUUAACCAAGCAUCGUCAGACCGCCCUCCAUCUUGCUGCCCAGCAGGACCUGCCCACCAUCUGCUCAGUCCUUCUAGAGAAUGGAGUGGACUUUGCUGCUGUGGAUGAGAAUGGAAAUAAUGCUCUUCAUCUUGCGGUCAUGCAUGGUCGACUCAACAACAUCCGAGCUCUUCUGACCGAGUGCACAGUGGAUGCUGAAGCCUUUAAUCUGAGAGGCCAGUCACCACUACACAUUCUGGGACAAUAUGGCAAAGAGAAUGCAGCAGCCAUCUUUGAUCUCUUCUUAGAGUGCAUGCCUGAAUAUCCUCUGGACAAACCAGAUGCAGAAGGUAACACAGUGCUGCUCUUAGCAUACAUGAAAGGGAAUGCCAACUUGUGCCGUGCCAUCGUUCGGUCUGGGGCUCGCCUUGGGGUGAAUAAUAACCAAGGAGUCAACAUUUUCAAUUACCAGGUUGCCACUAAGCAGCUUCUGUUUAGAUUAUUAGAUAUGCUCUCCAAGGAGCCUCCGUGGUGUGACGGCUCCAACUGCUAUGAGUGCACUGCCAAGUUUGGAGUCACAACUCGCAAACAUCACUGUCGUCACUGCGGCCGUCUUCUCUGCCAUAAAUGCUCAACCAAGGAGAUUCCUAUUAUAAAGUUUGACCUGAACAAGCCUGUGCGGGUUUGCAACAUUUGCUUUGAUGUACUGACUCUGGGUGGAGUCUCCUAGUGAGCCCCAGGAGGGUCCAGGCCUGCAUCCCCUGGUACCUCCCCAGCAGCUGCUCUACUCACCAGCCUGCCUCCUACCCAGAGCAAGAGCUGGCAGUUGUCUUCCUGUGGCAGAAGACUGGAAUAAUUACAGACCCUGGUGUGACCCAUUUCAGAUGAUUCUGUCUGACUGUCAAGCUGUGGUCUAUUGCACUAGAUGUCUCACUGGUCGGACCAGGCCAGUGUAGCCUGGGUGACCCGUGUGAUAGGCACCGGCUAGCAGCACACAAGGACACUUGGAGUCAAUGUUCCCUUCUGAUAGUAUAGUGUCCAUCUCGGAGAAUUCCGUCUUCCUGCCUGGGCUGACUCAGAGGCAGAGCCUGACAGAGUAGAGAGCAGCUGCCAGACAGAGCUGAUUACUCUAGGGUGGUGACUCCUCUCCGCGGCUAUGGCCUUUAAUGCACAGUGUUUUCAUAAAGAUAAUAGGAACCUCUUGCCCUCAAGUCUUUUCUUUCUUUUUUAAGCUAAGCUGUAUUUUUUAGUGAGCUGCCCCUUUUAAAAAGGUGAAAUCUUUCUAAACAGGGUUCAAAGAUGAGAGCUGAAAAAUUGUGGCCUUAACAACCGAAAGCUUUACCAAUGUUGAUACUGCUGGGUGUCCGAGUGCAGCGGCAGCUUGACACCCAGCAGCUGUCUCAUUCUCUCGUCUUGCUGCGUCCUGUCUGUGGAGUCCUCAGUCGCUGCCACUUGAGUGGUACAAGAAAUGCACUUUGACUGUGCUGCACUUUUUCUAAAGCUGCAUCAUUGGUGAAUCCAACUCAAAAAGCCCUUCACAUCCCUUCUAUAGUGGCUCUGAUGGCCAGCUCGGACUAAACCUCAGCACACACUGAUCUUAAAGGGAAAACUACCAAGAAGGAAGAAACUCGUACUGACGAGAAAGAUGAGUAUGACUUGAGUCCAGGUCCUCUCUCCCUGACACAUCCUUCCUGCUAAAAGCUUGCCGUGCAUGCUGAGUGCUGCUGGGGCCAGUUCUGAGUAGUGCCCUGCCCAUCAGAGCCAGCAGCCAAACUGUGAGCAGCCUGUUUUGGAAGUCUGGCUGAAAUGUGGAGCAAGGCUCUGAAGCACAGGGCGUUGGUUCCUCCUGCUGCCUGUAUUAACCCUGGGAUGCUGGGCCUCUUCCUUUUUAAUGUUUGGCCAGUGUUUUGGGUUGUUUCUGGCUUGGAAUUUAAUUUUUUUUUUUCAAUUUUAUUAUAUUGCACACUGAAGGAGAAAGUUCUACCACUUUUUUUUUUUUUUUUUUUGGUUUUUCAAGACAGGGUUUCUCUGUGUAGCUUUGCACCUUUCCUGGAACUCACUUGGUAGCCCAGGCUGGCCUCGAACUCACAGAGAUCCGCCUGCCUCUGCCUCCCGAGUGCUGGGAUUAAAGGCGUGCGCCACCCCUACCCGGCCACUUUUUUUUUUUUUUUUUUUUUAAAGAAACAAAAACACAACUACUCUGAGAUGAACACUAGUUACACUCAGAGAUUAGCAGUGUCAAUCACACACACUGAUCUUUUUGAGACAGUUGAUAACCCCCCAUUAUCUGCAUUAAUGGAGUACGGAUGUAUGAAUAAAGGGACUUCUUUUGGCAUCGCUCCCUUUCUUGGCUAGUGGGAGGCCCUUUCUUGGCUAGUGGGAUGUCCUCCAUUCUGUAGAGUUAGACUCUUUAACUGCCUACACACAUAGAAAAUGUGCUGAGAAACCAGUGUGCUACUUCCUGAAAGUACUUGUGUGAUUUAUAUGUUUAAUAUUAGCUUGUAUGCAGGGGUUGAAAGGAAGAGUUACUUGGAGGAGUGCCACUGUCCCCCAGCCUGUGACUUACUUCAUAGGGAGUUUUUAUGGAAAUAUUUAGCCAGUCUUGGCCAACAACUAUAUGAAGGAAGCAUGUGGUCUGUUUCCAAUUUAUUGUUGCCUAAAAGGGAUCACAGAGACCUAGAAUUUAGUUGGUGCCAUGAUUUCUUUAAUGAGGAAGGUAAUUAUGGUUCCGCUAUGAACCAAGGCGGGUGGCACACAUAAACUUGGUUUAUGAUCACAGUGAGAGGGAAGAAUAGGGAAUCAGGGUGAAGCUGACCAUUUUGUCCUUGCCCUACAACACCAGUUUCAGUAACAAUUUUGCCUAUAACUGUACUUAAAACCUGAAGAUCAUGCCCCAAAAUAUGUGGGUUCAAGCUUCUAUUCCUUCAGAGGUCAACAUAGUGACCAGCUAUGGCAGAAAGAGGCUGUGUGACUUGAGCUCGGUACCCAUGCUGCAGACAUGGCUCAGGCAUCCUUCCACAGCCCGACCAUGCCCUGCUCCCUGCCCUACACUCCUGCUGUGCACUGCCCUGGCCAGGACCAGACUUCCUGUGUCUCUCCUGUGCUCUCUCCAUGCUGACCAGACUUCACCAUGGAACUGCUUAGCUGUUCUUGUUCAGUUUUAAUCAGUACCUUGACAACUUGCAGCAAAACUUCAUUUUAUUAAUUGAAAAAGCUGCCAGUUGUGAAUGAGCAGAGCAGGAAGAAUCAACGUCACUGAAACACAAUUGCUGCAUCAGUUAGCACUGCUGUGCUUGCCUAGCUGUUUAACUGCCUCUUAUGCAUCUCUAGUCUUACUGCAUCAUUAGGGCUUUUUGUUUUUUUUAGACAGGUACAAACCAUGUGCUGAUCGUAGCUAGUUUGCUGUGAUCCUCUAACAGCGAUGUCCCACCAGCUUAAGUGCCUACACUGAGGACUCCCUUGUUUCCAGUUGUCUUUCACUGGUGUCUCACUCAGUGAUGUGUUACAACACUAGUUCUGGGCCUAUUCCACCCCAAAAACUAAUUCAGUCAAGGCUGAAUAUUAGACUGCUCAGUUCACCUGCCAUAUUCUCUCCAAGGAGUGGGGUCCACAUGAUGUUUUUACCCUCUACCUCAGGGCCCUGAGUUGUUUCUCACUACCUGUCAGCUUCCUCCUUUUCCUUGAAUGGGUCUUUCAGGGAACUGGGUGUGUGGUCUCACUGCCCUUCCCAAGUCGUGCCUGCCCCCCAUACUCAACUGUUCCAGCCCUAGGCUUGUUCGCAGACAAGGGGUGGAGGGCAAAGCCUCCAUCUAGGAUUUCCUUACCUGGAGAAAAGAACUUGGCUGAACUGCCAAAUACUUCGGCCUGAGAGGCAGCAAUAGCAUCAUGUACAAGUAAAUGUAUGCCUCCCUCACAAACACUGGCUUCCUUCAGGUCCAGCCCCCUAGAGCCACCUGAAGCCAAAGAGUUCCCUUGCCAGCCCAACAGAGGAAGCAGCUCAGCAAAGGUCUCUGAGUCAUGCUCACUACAGAACUGAUCUAAUGAAAACCUGAGUGUGUGACUGGUUAACUAAAUAGUUAAAUUCCCAGUGUCAAAGAUGCCUUAAAGCCUUUCUCUGGAGGAUCAUUGCCUAUACAGUUCCUCUUUCGUGUGGCAUAAAUAAUAUAUUAACUGUUACACCUGACAGCAUUGGUUUCCUAUAGCAAGGGAGUCUGGGGACGGCUGGACUUACUGACUUGCCUGUUUGGGAGCUGUGUGGAGCUGGGUGUUCUGUGACAUCCUUGUAGGACCAAGGACAAGGCAGCAGCUGGGCCUUUAAAACUGCAGGCACAUGUUUGGGUAGAUCACUUUGGCUUCCAAACCACUCUGGUGGUGCUCAGUGUGGGAAUGACAGCAUCAUCUGGGACCAUGGCGCGCUUAGCAGCAUUGUUUCUUUGGAGUCUGUGUAAUGGAAUGUAUUUUUCAAAUAUUGGUAUUUUCAUUUUCUGUAAUACUUCCUUAUAAUAAAAAUGAGGCAAAAUUGUGA